CUUUUUUUUUUUUAAAUGGAAUGAUCAAUAACUACAUACAUAGACGAUUUUGAUAUAAAUUGUUUUUGAAUAUAAAUUGCGGGGCCAGACGAACUACUAAGAAAGAGCGACUUAAGAGUUCUUCUUGUGUUAUAUUGUGUGUGAAUAUGAAUUUUCUGAACAUGCUGAACGUACAAAGGCACUCCUACUGCAUAUUCUGUCAGUGCCUUAUUUCUGCUGUAUAAAAUGUCCAUUAUUAGAAUCCAUUAUGAUCCUCGUACGGGCUUCCUGCUCAUUACACCUGCCACACAGGUGCACUCUUGAGUACUUUGUAUAUUACACCCAAAAUAUAGGUUUUGGGAGGUAUACUUAGCUGUAUUAAGCCAGUGUUUCAUGUUAUGUAAUAAAAGAUCAGCUUCCGGAAAAAGUAAACACUAUUGAUUAUUUGACACCCCAUGACGCUCCGAUCAGUGCAGAUGCUUUUAGCACAAGGCUCAGGCCUUUCUUCUGUAAGGUUUGAAUUGAUUUAACAAAAGUGUACUCAACUCUUCUGCUUGUAAGAGCUUGUAACUCCACUUGUUUUUUCUUCUGUCUCCCUCUUUCCCUGUUGAGGACUGUUAGGAUAUAUUUAACUGAACUCACAGAAGCAAAAACAAGUUAUUCACGUGCAUACAUUAUGUAAAAUAUAAAUCACAAUACAUCAAGGGGAUGUAUUGUGAUUUAUAAACAGCUAAACACGUCAUAGUUAAUAAUGGAAAUUGUAAUGAAUCUGAUAUUUCUUAUUAUUUGUAGUUGAGAAAAUAGUACUUUGUGUCCAAAUGAAGCACUAAAGGUUGUGCUGUUUAUACAUAUUUUGUAUGCAUUUUAGCUAAAUUAUGGCUACCUGUUACUUGUAACCUUUAGUUGUCUUAAGGCCUAAUUGUAGUUGUUUAAAAUGUCUAUUUGAAACCUCUGGCCCUGAGGUUGUGUUUGUGCAGUGGAAUCAUAGCUGAGCAUUUAUCACACGAGACAUUUUUAUUGUCUUAUCUUUCCUCUCAUCUUUCCCCUGUCUCUCUCUCUCUCUCUCGUGUGGACUAGAACUGAGCAUUUACCACACAUUAUGUUUUAUGCACAAACCCUUGUCAUUUGACUUCCAAAAAUUAUUUGUUUAAAAUAACUUGUCUAACAAAGUAGUGCCCUCACACUCUGGCGAAACGUUUGGACCAAGGCAAGAAACAAUGGAAACGUGGCGUUCUGGGAUGUGAGGGCAGUAAAGAAUUUCAGCCAUUUACUGUAAAGUUAUUGCUAUUGUGAAGAUUGCUUGUUCGGCUAAAGAAAACACCUUUUAGAAUGUUUGUGUGGCACCAGGUUUUUAAAGCUCUACACUGUUGAAUAUAUGACUUUAAUGUGCUUUGAUGUUUUCAUGUGGAUAUAUAAUUGUGUUGUGGUGCCUGCGCAGCCUAUUUAUAGAUCAGGUUCAUACUGCAGUCAACGUACAGCCUCUUGUAAUACGUAUAGUGCUCCAGGACACAUUGGCCCUUCAAAGACAUCGUUUUACAACAAGUCUGGGCAGUGUCAAUGAUGCUCAACUGCCUCAGGACACAAAUGAAACAUGUUUGAUUUUACAUGUUUUGCUUUCCCCGAUGUUCUCGGAUGCAUCGUUGUCGUUGUCCAAUCAGUGAAGAAAUCACCCGCCAGAUACAAAGCCUUGUGGAGAAGCAUGUGAUGACUCAAGCAAGGCAGAAGUUUUCCCUAAGGCACAGCAGCAGUGACACUGACUGGUGGGACAGUGGUCCUCUAUGGCCACAUGGUGGCACUAUGGACGGUUCCUGGACUGAACGCUCACUACGAUUUGGCAGAACAAAGAAGAUUGCUGAGAUAAUGAAACAAUGGAAAGAGAAGAAGAUUGCUCACAAGAAAGAGAGAAUAGACAAAGUUGACCAGAACAGAAAACUUGACCGAAGGCGGGUCAAGAAAUGGGACAGGAAGCUGUAUCCCUUGAGGGGGCGGAUAGGGGGUUCAGGUGAUGAGGCGCUGAGUUGUCACGUUCUUCUCACACGACUGGAGGAAAGUAACCAUGAAAAAGAGGGUUCUAAGAAAGAGGAAAAGAAAGACGGACACAGAAAUAUAUCACACAAACCCAAAAAGGAUAAAAACAGUGCAAAAGGAGAAGUAAAGGAUUCAGCUAAAUGCAAGUCAAAGUCAGUAAGUACAAAGCAUGGUGAGUACGCUCACAUCUUUCAACCUCGCAAGCGCCGUCUGGCUUCUCUCAAUGCUGAGGCAGUCAACAGUCUGCUGCUCGAAAGGACUUCUGACCCUCAGCCAGCAGCUAAACAGGCCAUGACACAGGAAGAACCUGCAAAUGGAGUCAGUCCUUUUGAAACGAACCCCGUCAGAACUAAUGCCACUGUCAGCCUAAAGACUUUACGAGGAAUAAAAGGUAAAACAUCUAAAGAUGUUGAGGUUUGCCAAAGUUCCAAGACAACCAAGAAGAGAAAAAAUAACCGUGGGAAUGACUGUAGGGAGCCAAGUCAAGAGAGUCUGUCUGGACGAUUGGCUGGACUCAACGCUGCAGCUUUGCUUAAGCUAACCAGCUCAUCUGCGACUAGCAAACAGAGAUUUAAGUCCCCACCCACAGCUACUGUGACAUCAGACAGUAAACUCCCAGUCCCCGCCUGCUCACCUAAACAGGACCCUAAAGUCAAAGUCAAACAAAAGGGGAGGUCACAGAAGCAGGAGAAAAAAUCCUCCUCCCCCAACAGUGGCUGCACAGCCUGCAAGAAGAAGGCAGACUUUGAGCCUAAGGUGGAGUGGGAGACUGGCACCUGCCCCCACCAACUGACCAAACCAGGAUACCAGUCCCGUAGCAUGUUAGGGUUCCCACUAAAGCAGGUAAAGGAGGAGCAGGUGGAGGCAGAACUGAGCCCAUACUACUGUUGUCCUCCAGAGGGCUCAGUGGAAUACUGCCACCGACUGGCCUUCUACCUGGGCCAGCAACCCUAUGGAGAAUCUAAAGAUCAGUCACUGAACACAGCCAUGACUCCUGUGAAGCGCGAGUGCCUCGUAACCUCUCCGUCUUUGACUCAUUCUCACCCACACACAGCCCUGACUCUCACCCCUCACCCCUGCCUGUGCACUGCUGACCACUGCUUCUCCAGCUACUACGUCCACAUCGCCCACCCGACUCACACUGGAAACUCAUCGCCAGGAAUGGCUUCGCGACCUUUGAACUUUGCCCCUUCCAGUUUGUGCUCCAAUCAGAUGACGGGCUCCAAGCUGCUGGGUUCACAGAUGUCUCACACCUCUGGGCUCGCUCACCCCGCCUACUGCAACUCUGUGGCUUCGCCCUGUUAUGGCGACGCCUGUGCAAUGAAUGGCUUCACCUACAGAACCAUGCCUUCAGUCACCAACAGGGGGUGUUCUUUCAGCACUGGAUGCACUGGGUGUACACACAGCAUCAAAACUGAGAGUUACACCUCUGCUCAGGGCGACCACAACCCUUCUCUCUUGGUUUCUCCUUCUCUCCCCAUCACCAGCUGCCCACUCUCCAGCGUACCCACUUCCACCCAAACUAAACCCCACCUUCUAAACCCUCUGUCAGGGCGAGAACUGACAAGUCAAGUCCCUCAGCCCAAGGCCAGGUUAAAAAUGAACAGGGAAAGUCCUCAAAGCAUCAAGACUUCCAGUGGCUCCCUGUCCACAGGCCGUACGAGGCUGCCUCAUAAACAACCGUCCCCGGUGCCAAGCCUGAUCAGCACCAAACAAAAGAAAGUGAGCCGUAGACGUGCCACUAAUGGUUGGCGGCCGGUCGGAUUGCCAACUGAGAAGGAGGUCUUCAUCGCGGGGGAGGAUGAGACUGCGGUGCGUCAGUGUUAUGAAGGAGUGGAGCGGGAUGGUGAAGUGAUUCGUGUCAGAGACACUGUGCUGCUUCGAUCGGGCCCCAGGAAGAAAUCCCUCCCGUACGUUGCCAAAAUAUCAGCGCUGUGGGAAGACCCCAAAACAGGAGAGCUGAUGAUGAGUCUUUUCUGGUACUACCGACCUGAGCACACCCAGGGGGGCAGAGAUCCCAGCGCACACUGUGAGAAUGAGAUUUUCGCCUCUCGCCAUCAGGAUGAAAAUAGUGUGGCCUGCAUAGAAGACAGAUGUUAUGUUCUCCCACUAGCGCAGUACUGUAGAUUUUGUGCCUUGGUGAAGCGGCGUGCUGAAGGAGCCCAGCCUGGCAGCGCCAGCAUGGUGCCCUGCCGCCCCGAAUUCGCCCCCCCCUCCCACCGAUGCGUGCCCACGGAUGUCGACCCUGAACUGGUUUAUCUUUGCCGACACGUCUAUGACUUCCGCUACGGACGCAUCCUAAAGAACCUGCAGUAGACUGUAGAGCAUGUGGAGCGUCUCAUCACAAAACUCUCCCCCCUGCACGGGAGGGGGAGGCAUGACUGAACGCAGCUUUUCUGCCCUGGACCAUAGUCCAGCGGUCAUAGGAGGGAAAAGGAGAAACUCCAGAGAAGGGGGGCUUGUUUUGGUGAAGAAACGGUGACGCAAAAAAGUUUUUGACACAUCAUGAAGCACAGAUCCCUUUAGUCAACUGCAGAAGUAACAGUGAGUUAGAUUUAACCAUUUCAGUCUGGGCACCACUACGUCCUCGUGUAAUGAAACGAGGAACGAACAUUUGUUUUCUUGGCCUCCAAGACACUCCAUGGUGACAUAGUACGUUGCAUCCUUCCUUCCUUUAUGCUUUCCAGCAAAGGUAAACACAAGGCUGGAUUUUGCUGCUUGCGUCACUAUGCCUUCCCAUAAGCAUCUUAGCACAACAGUCAUGGUGGUUCUGUUCAUGGACCGGUGGAAGUUGAGGCUGCACCAUGUUGCAAAAUGUUGGAUCAGCCAUGGUGUGGCCGCAGCUGAUGCAGGGUGGCGUCUUAUUUUUUUACCUGACCUGAGUUUGUUUCUGUUUGUGAAGGAGAGUGUGUGAGUUAGUGGAUACAUGGACAAACGUGGGGAUGAAUGAUACAUUUUUUAGGAGGCUUUCAGGCAAUCAAACCAAACAAGCAGCUUUGGAGGAAGCGAGGUUUCCUCACCCCGUCAUCUCUGCUGUGUGCCAGAGCGCAAUCACACUGGUGUCGCCAGAGACCGUCUGUGCUACCUAAAAUUACUGUACGUAAAGGGCAGAAGGUGACUCACAUCUUUUCUCACCAAACUCUGCUCCACAGCAGAACCUUUUCAGCUAAGGGGUCAAAAAUGUCUCGCACAAAGUGUCUCCCGGCCUUCCUCCCAAAAAUCGCAAAAUAUCAUAAUAAAAUAAUCAAGAUUAUUUAAAGUGGCCCUUCAAUAACUGUCAAUCUUUAAAUAAAAUUAUUUUAAUUAUUAUUUAAAUGACAUUUUUAUUAAUAUAUAUAUUUUUAACAUUACUUAUUCCUGUGAUUGACUUGCAGCUAGAACUAUGGGCAGCUCUGUAUUUGACUAGUGGUUGGAGGCAAAAUGGAUUCACUCUUUCAUUCCUGUUUUCAAUCAACAGGCUGCUGCCGUGUGGUCAAUAGAGAGGCACAUUAAAAAUGCACUAGUUUAGGGCUGCAACUCAUACAUUUUUAUCGCCUUGCCGUCAUUUUGUUGAUGGAACGCCACAGUGCGAUGAAAAAUGAUUGUUGUUAUAAACUUGAGAACUUGAAAAAAUGUUUUAUUCCAAACCCAAAGAUCAGUUUGUAGAAUCUGAAAACGGACAGAAAAAAAUGCCACAUUAACAUUUGAGACAGACAAACAAUGAUUUGUUGUAGUUCAGAAUAGUUGCAGCUCUGCACUGGUCAAAGUCAGGGUUUGUUUUUUGUUUGUUUGUUGUUUUUUUUUUUGUUUUUUUCUCUCUAGAACAUGACAUUGCGUCCUGAAGUGCCACUUCACGUGGGAAAUGCCUCUCGUACUUCCUUUUACACCCACACAUUUAUGGACUGUCCCGUUUCUGUUUCUCUCCCCUGUAGACAAACCAAAGGAUGUCACACAAGCCACAGCCCCCGUCCCCUCCCUCGUACUCGUAGUUAGCACUUCUGCCCUCGUUCCCUUGUUAUAUUGCACUAAUUCAUUCCUUAAUAACAACAAACAUGUUUGUUUUGUUAUGGCUACUAAUAUUGUCCUGGGGAACAUAGUGUUUAUAGUUUUGUGUGUGUGUGUGUGCGUUAGACAGAGAGAGAGAGAGAGAGAGAGAAACUGAGGGUGUUUGUGUAGAGAGAAGGAAACAGUGAAAAUGUCGUGGCUGCUUCGUCAGUGCAAACAGUGUAUUCGUGUAGAGGAGUUGGCCAGUGUGUUAUUGUAGAGCCUGUUGAAUCCCAUAUAUAUGGUACACAUAUACAGUAUGUAUGCUAUUAGAUUUACUUCGUCUGAAUUGUCAAGCAGCUCUGCCAGACCUAUACUCACACACAGUGACUGUGAUCAGGUUCAACAGAGACUUGAGUGUCAACCCUGUGUACUAAAUCGUGGCCCACAGUCAACUUAUAUCUGCAGCCCACGUGGUCAUCAGGCGUUGCUCAGAGAUUGUGAAACAUCGCAACAACUCUUGGCAACAAAUGCAGCCGAUACUGGUUUCUGAUCAGAGGUGUGUUUCAGUUGAUGGGUGGGCUGUAGGUUCGGGGAGGGUUGAUACUAGAUGGUUUUGUAGUGGGGGUCGGGGGGGGGGGGGGGGUAUUUAACCCUAAUCUCUUAUUGCCUUCUAACCUGCAAGUGUUUUUUUCUGUCAGAAAACAAGUAGUAUUAGAGUGUGUGUAGCUUAAAAGAAAUCCUAAAAGAGGAAUCAGGUGGUUUUUUUAAAGACAUGCUGCUCUAGUUCUGGGUACGCCUCAGCUGUCAGUCAUUUGAUGGAAUAUAGAUUGAAGUCCAGCCAGACUUUUUAUAAGCACAUCUUUAGAAGUAAAAAAAAGCACUUUUGCACAAAAAUACAGCUACUGUGCAACAUGAACCAAUUAUUUUGAGACACCACUGUGAGUGGUCAUCUCAGUUUUGAUGAAAGGACACUCCUAAAGUGGGCAGUGUUAGAAUUCCAAGUACAGCAAUUGGUUCUAAAUGUGUUUUUUUUUAAGUCUUAUAUAUAUAUAUACUGUAUUUUGGCCAGCCCAUAUGAAACUCUUCUUGGGUUAAAUGUUAUUCACCUGGGGCAACUUUUUGCUCCUAGAGCUUUUUGCUCUGAUGCUCUUUACUGCCUGCUCUUAAUCCUGUCCCAUUGGUCAGCUUUGUCCAAAUCCACUUUUAUUAUAAAGGUCCAGCUUCAUGUUGAAGUCUUCCUCUAGCCUCCCAUACCUGAGGUCGGAACCACAGUCUGGAACGGUAUGGACAUGCAAGUCAUGGUUAAACAUCCACAGUGAUGAAGGAACUGCUUCAUGUUGCACAGUAUAUGUAGUGAUAUUUUGAGCAUAUGAGGAAGUAAAUAGCACAGUCUGCUCCUAAAAUAUAUCCUUUUAAACAUCCUUCCUGACUGGACAUUGAUUGAUCACUUCUAACAACUGCACUUGUGUCAAAAACUACCUGAUGUCUCCUUUAGAAAGAGUACCCGACUGCUUUCCUUCACAGCCGAAGCUCUGAUCUUUUUCAAGAACUAUGGCUCCAAAUCCAGAACACAAAAUCAAAUAUUGCUCAUUAGGGUUGAUUUAAAGCCAUUUCCAAGUUCUUCAAAUGUAUAUCUAUAUAACCAUAUAUUUCUCCUACCUAGCGAUUUCUCCUUAUUAAGAAUAUUUUACUAUGUGGAUUUCCUAAGAUGGCAUAUGCAAUAUAUUUUUAGACUAUUUUUGAAAAAAAAAACAAAAAGAGCUUAGCAAAUUUAAGGAAAGAAUAUGCAUCAUUUUUAUUUUUAAUGUUAACUUAUAAACAUCACAGCGGUAAUUGAGAUUUGACCAAAAGACAGACGGAGGAGAGUUGAGCUGUUGUCGCAGCGUAAACAAACAGUCGUAGAGAGUGAUCAGUGGGAAGCUCUCUUCCACGUGACGUGUACAUAUCUGAUCUUUCAGGAAGCACCGGGCACUCUUUACACAAGCCGACCGCCAAUGCACAGUGUAGUAUUUUUGCAAGAGCUGUAAGAAUUAUAUUUAAAGUAAGAAAGAAUAUUUAAAUGGAGUAAACAGUACAAAUAUAUUAAGAUUUCAUUUUAACUUAUUUGGAAAUGAUGUGAUGAAUUAUAUUGUUUUUUUUUUGUUUUGUUUUUAUUUUCCUCUCUGUUUGUAACUUAUGAGUUUAGAGAAUAAAUGAUUGAGUGGUGGUCGACGACAAAGAUGUAAAUGUUGUUUACUUUAUGUUGUUAAUGUGUCGAGCGUCGCGUGGAGCCCAACUACCAUGCUCUGUUAGGGUCAAAGGUCACAGACAGAUCACUGGAACAUUAGGACUGAAAUUGAGACACAUGGGAUUUUGUUUGCUCUCUGGGUCAACCUGACGGAGAAUGGUAAUGUGGUCAACUUCCAUUUUUCUUUCAACAGUUUCAACACUUAUCUUAUACAGUAUGUAUCUGUAAUGUUUCCACACAUCACCUACCAUUAGGAUCAGAUUUCACCAAACUGACAUCAUGUUUUAUCAAAGAAUAGUCCAGCAGCUGAGCUGAAGUUAUUAAUAUAGCAGUGUUUAUCCAGCCAUUUCAACAUCUCAGUUUUUUCCCCCUCUCCAGCUGAACCCCUGCCUUUCUCUCAACAUACAGUAUGUAAUUUUUAAAGUUUGUCACCCAGAGGGCAAGAACCCUGUGUGUGUGUCACAUCCACAUUCCACUGCUGAUCAACACUUUGCUUUACUCAUUCCAUGGCCUUGCUUCAUUGUCUUUUGGCCACUGAGUGAGAACUUCCUGUACGAGGAGGUCGUGAGAGCUGAGGGAGGAGCUCAACAUGAGUCACCGUCCCCAGUGCAGACCAGCCCUGGUUAAAGUGUAGACUACACUGAAUGCUGUCAUUUAUCUCACUCCUAUUUCAGUAACAGUGGCAUCUUUGGUUACCAUGAGAACUGGGCCUGGUCAUCACUUCAGAGACAGUAACCUCUCUGUGUUAAUAUUCAGUGGCAGGAAGUGAAGUGAGUUCACCUUUUGAGUCACAUCAAAUUAAAAGCACCUGAUUAAGAUAUUUUGAUAUAUUUGGAAAAAUGAGAGGAUAUAUGCUAAAAAAAAAAAAAUUAAAAAAAGAUAUUUUUGGAGUAGAGAAGCAAUGUGUAUCAGAUUAUCGUCACUUUGUUAUGCCCUGAAAAUUGCUUGGAUUUUUUAAGAGUUACAAUAACAUCCCUACUGAUUUAAUGUUCCAUUGAAAAAAAAAACUAUUUAUAAAUUUGAAGUCCUUUGUGAAAA